AUGCCAGGGUCGAUGGCAAAUAUCGUAUUGACGACCGUGACGCCUCCACGACCAGGGAACGUCAUUUCGGAGAAUGCUGACAAAUCGCCUUCCUCGCCGUUCGAUACAGAGAACGACAUCAAGAAUAGCGAGCUGAGUGGACAAGAGCUUGCAUCUACUGAUGGAGGACCCGCCGCUUGGAGAUUACUAGUCGCUGCCUUUGCGUUCGAAGCAUUGCUGUGGGUGUUCGCCGGCAAUCGCUACAUUUCGGUUGUGGGGACUGCGGCCUCUGGACUGGGGUACCUCGGUGCACCUAUCAUCGUGCCUUAUGUGCAAUCUCAUCAGCACCGACAGCCCAUCUGCAUCCUUGGCCUCAUUGCAGGAUCCUUCGCCUCAAACCUCGGCAUACUCAUUCUCACACAAGGUGUAGCCUACGGACUCGGCUUUCUGAUCUUCUACUACCCCAUCCUGAGUAUGGUCAACGAGUACUGGAUCACUGACCGAGGCAUGGCAUACGGUAUUCUCUGCGGUGCUUCUGGGAUCUCAGGCACCACUAUGCCUUUUAAGCUUCAAGCGCUUCUAGAGAGGUAUGGGUAUAGAAUCACUCUGAGGGCAGUAGAGAGGUAUACCAUGAAAAUUCAAGGAUAG